CUUGUUGAGAAUGUAUCAGACCACCAUUUGCCAGGUGACUGAGAAGCGAUGUUGACGCGUCCGGGCAGUGUAAGACGCGUAUCUGUGGUAGGUACGGUCUCCGCAUCGUUUGUUGUCGCUGGGCUACCACUCUAUGCACUCGACUUCAAGAUCAACUGCGACACUCUCACCAUAACACAAGACGGGCAUGAGUGGAAUCUGCUAUCCCAAAAUGAAGAAGGCACAAAUUGUGACACCAGCCGUCGAUGAGGCAUUCAAAGCAUUCCUGACAGACACCAUAUAUCUGGCUCUUCCGUUGAUGCUCGUGGAUGAUACGCUUCUACCACUGGCGCCCAUACGUCCCAGGGAUCUUGACUCCUCGUUCCAAAGUAGCCUGAACCAGCUCGACGACAUCCUGAACACUCGAAUACCACUCUACCUAUUUUUGCGCCGCAACAACUCCGUAACCGCUAUAACAUACGUGCCUUAUCUUUCAAAAGAACCUCACAGAGCUUUCUUCCUCGAAAAUCGCCAUGACCUGGUGCGCCAGCUGGGCGAAGAGCAUCUCUCGUCAUCUUUGAUUUGCAAGGAGAUCGGAGAGAUAACAGACGCUCGAUCCUGGGCUGAGCGAGACGAACACGAGCAAUCAUGUACCGAAAUGGAGGGAACUUUGAACGGCGGCAUCAAAGACAUGGGACACAAGCAAAACAAAUGUCGCCUCUGUGAUCGGCGUAUGAAGAAUCCUAUCGAUGAUAACGCUGUAGAUGCAUUGAAGAAGCUCUACAGCUCCGGAGCAACGGUACAGAUAUCUGUCGACAUCACCAUCAACACACUGAAGCUGAACUUCUUCACCUUGCUCCCACCAGAAGACGUCACAGCGAGACUCCCUACCGAACGUCCAAGUUUUACCUUCUACCGACAUCCCUCCACAAACAUCCUGUACUUCAUCUUCUGCUCUCCAGACAGCGCAUCAGUACAAGAACGCAUGAAACACACCAUGGCGAUCCCGGGACUCGUCAACGUUCACGCAGAAGAUAACGGUGUGCAUGUGGACCAGAAGAUUGAGAUCCAUGACCCAGCCGAUCUGGUGUUCGAAGCAAAAGAUGAUCGUAUCGGAAAGUUUCGAAGCCUGUACUUGAGGAAUGCGACCGAGGGCACGGAGUCGACGUAUAGCGCUAUGGAGGCCGACAAGAGCUUUUUUGAUGCUGUUGAAUAAUUCGGGUGUUGUGUUCUGAAGGGAAUAGGUUGGUGAUUUGGUCUUGUCACGGUUAGCUAACUCAUCAUGCAUAUCGCUCUUUUGCGUAUGAUCCUUGUUGGUCGUCGCGGAAAGCCCAACUUGCCUUUUUUCCCUAAGAAAUAACGAGAAUAUAGAUUGUGAACCCGUCACAUUCUUGUUACCAAUCGAUCUCC